AUGAAUAACUCACUCGCAUCGUCAAAACUAAAACAAAUUUUAAUAAUUGAUCAAAUAUUAAUAGAAGUGAUCUUGACUAUUAAUCUUACAAUCUUGACUGAAGCUAUUGGAAUCGUUGGCAUUGUGGGUAAUGUCAUUAGCAUUCUCAACUUCAGAAAACAAGGCUACAAAGAUGGUAUCAACGUGACUUUAACUGCGCUGGCGUUCAGUGAUCUAGGCAUGCUUAUCACUCAUCAGGUGAUUCUACAAAUCCUUAACCCUUGGCUGGACGAGUCCAGCUUGGUCAUGCUGAAACCACAAAUGCUUCUUUUUGUAAUCUACGUGAAUGAUUUUUUUAAUAGAGUGAGCGGGUUUGUUACUGCCUGUGCCGCAUUCGAGCGGUGUCUCUGUGUGGUGCUUCCCAUGAAGGUGAAACUUCUCAUGACACGGCGUGUCGCUACAGUGGUAAACAUCUCCAUCUUCGUCGCUUUGAUCGUUUAUGUCAUUCUGCCAAACAGUCUUGUUUAUGUGGGCUCAAAAUAUUUGCCGAAUUUUAAUCGAACCUUUGCCUAUGUCUACUAUAGGGAGAACAGAGAGGCGGUCAUGAACAUCUAUUAUCUUGUCAAUGCCUUGUUUGUCCCUAAUCUCAUCAUUCUGAUGUUAAUGGUGUUUACAGCCAUCCUGAUAACGAAACUGAAAUCCAACUCUGAAUGGAGACACAGGGUUUCGAACCCACAGUCUCGCGGAAAGAACUCGGUGAACUACAAAGAAAGAAACGCCAUAGCCAUGCUUGUGACAAUGUCUGGCAUAUACAUCGUCUGCGUGAUUCCACGUUCGGCCUUGACCUUGGCUGACGGACUAUUCGAAGAGAUGAAAGCCGGAGGCAUCUACUUCGACCUGAACAAGCUGGUCUAUUCUUUUCUUAUUCUUUUCGAGGCUAUCCACUGUAGUGUGACUUCUAUUAUUUACUUUAAGAUGAGCUCGAAAUAUAGAGAAGUAUUUUAUCAGAUGUGUCUUUGGUGGAAAAAGAGAUAA